AUGGCAACUUCCCUGCAGCCACUGUUAUCAAACGACACCAUAACCGAACAAGAGACAUUUGGACCGAAUCAUGGAAUCGAAAUAAAAAAUACUUCGAGAGGAUUCAGUUGGGAAGGGGGCCAAGCGGACGCUGGUAUUGAGACGGACGCCCAGAUUAGGGAGGCGCGAUACCAGCCGGAUACCAGCACGGCUAAAGACCCGAAUCUGGUUCAAUGGGAGGGGCCCUCCGACCCGGGAAACCCUAUGAACUGGAGUCUCGCGAGGAAGUGGUAUAUCACCAUUGCCAUUUCGUGUGUUGCAUUCCUGGCCAUGUUCUCCAGCAGUGUUUUCGCCCCAGCCACCGGGUACACUGCAGAGGAGUAUCAUGUUUCAGAGUUGGUCAUGACACUGGGGACGAGCCUUGUUCUACUCGGAUUUGCUUUCGGACCAUUGAUAUGGGCCCCAUUAUCCGAAGUGUACGGCCGAAUGACGCCUCUAUGGGUCGGCUUCGUUGGAUUCACCAUCUUCCAAAUACCCGUGGCGACAGCUCACAAUGCUGAGACUAUUUUGAUUUUUCGGUUCCUGAUCGGGAUAUUCGGCGCCUCCACGGGUGCUACCAUUGCGGGUAUCAUUUUUGACAUUUGGGAUCCCGUCACUCGCGGAGUUGGUGGAGCGGUAUUUGCCGUAGCAACUUUCGUUGGGCCUGUUGCAGGUCCAAUUCUGGGUUCAUUCAUCGUAGAAUCGAAGCUUGGAUGGCGCUGGACCGCAUGGCUGACAUUCAUUUUCUCUGGAGUCUGCGCUAUUAUUGGAAUCACCACGAUACGAGAGACUUAUGCCCCAGUCAUCCUGCAGCGCCGUGCUGCUCAGCUCCGGAAAAGCACAAGGAACUGGGCACUCCACUCCGAGCUGGAUGAACAUAUGCCAACAUGGGUAGACCUCUUCACAAAAUACUUCUCCCGCCCACCACAGAUGUUGAUUAAGGAGCCAAUCCUUCUAUUCAUGACGAUAUAUAUUGCCGUCACCUACGGCAUGCUCUAUCUCUUUUUCUUUGCGUAUCCUAUCUCUUUUCUCCGGGACCGCGGCUGGAAAAACGCCGGAGUCGCUUCAUUACCUCUAUUGGGUCUAUCCAUCGGAAUCAUAGUUGGUCUAGGCAUCAUCGCCUAUGGCACAAAAACCCAUUUCGCGCGUAAAUUAAAGGAACGCGGAAGUGUUUCCCCCGAAGACCGACUUCCCGAAGUGAUCAUUGGCGCUGUCUGCCUACCCAUCGGUCUCUUCUGGUUCUCAUGGACAUCCAGUCCAGAGAUUUCCUGGGUAGCGCAAGCUCUUGCUGGAAUCCCCAUUGGUGCGGGCAUCAUCAUAAUAUUCUUGCAAGGAAUCAACUAUCUUAUUGAUGUUUACAUGAUCCUUUCAAAUUCUGCUAUCGCGGUCAACACGUUUGUGCGAUGUAUUACAGCCGCUGCUUUCCCGCUGUUUGCGCUCUCUCUAAUAUGGGGACGAACGUGUAAAAUCGAGGCUGCUUAG